UAUCAACAAAGAUUGAUAAAAAACACAAACCACUGCUGAUUAUCAGUACUGCUCCGAAUGGAACUACACAUUAUCUAUACUCCCUAUAAACCCUAAAUGAAAUGCUAAGAAAAAAUAGAAACUUUGAAUGGGAUGAAUAGGUUCUUAAAACAGGCCUUUCUUCACUACUAUUUAGAAAUUCUCAGAAGACUAUAGAAAUGCUGAGAACAUCAAGGAAAAAAGUGACAUUCGCGGACCAGCUGGCGUCCACGAGAGAAAUAAAUACAUCGUCAAAAAUGGGGCACCGUAAAGUUCUUCAGUCUUAUCUCCCUGUGAUUUUGAAAUGGCUCUCUGGGUUUCCACUUUCCUACAGAGUUUUAAAGAAGAAUGGUGUGUUAACCACUGAACAAAUUGGAGAAAUUGAGCUAGAGGACACUUCAGAGCACAAAGUAGUAAAGCUGCUUGAAAUUAUUCAAAAUGUUGAGCCUCAGGUUUUUGACUCUUUCUGCCAUAGUCUUGGAGAAAUGGGAUUUUUGUAUUUAGCUCAGACUCUACAGAGUGCAGUGAAGGAAAAAGGAUUGCCAUCUUCACCAGGCAAAUAUACCGAACCGAAAAACAUUGUGAAGAAUGUGGUUCCACUUUGCCUAUAUGACACAGCAGUGAAAGAGGAAACCCGAAUGAUCAACCAGAAAAUUCAGUACAUAAAUAAAGAAUACAGUAAAAGGUUAAAAGACCUUGAAGAAGAGCUAAUCUUGGUUGAAGAAGAGCGUGAUGAGAUGUUACGAGAAAUGCAUAAAAGGAAACAGCAAAAUGAAGAGCUGCGAGGUCUCAAUUUGGAGUUGCGAACCUUAGUGCACAGUCUACAACGCUCCAUCUUGGAUCACAUUACCAUAAAGAAUGUGGGAUAUGGUAUCAAGAUAAUGCCUCGAUCGUGACUUUGAUCCAAUUACAAAAACAAUUUGGGUUUGCUUUUCAACUGAAUAAUAGAAAUAAAAUACACCAUUGUUGAAAUCAGCUUUCUGAGACAAAACGCAGAGACCAUUCAGUCCAUCAAGCUUAUUUGGCUAAUAGUUAAAUUGUUAUAAUAUCUCUUCUUGACACAUUUUAAAAGUCACCCAGCCUUCCACUUCAACUACAUGACUGAAUAAUUUCUUUCAGAUUGCCACCAUACUUUGUGUGAAGAAGUGCUUUCGUGCUAUAAGUUUAAAUGCACUUCCUCUUCCCAUUGGUGGCUUUGAACUGGUGGGUCGCUAUCGAAUUGAAAGAUCUGUGGUGGAUCAACUUUAUCAAUGUCUUAGAGAAUUGUGAAGGCCCAGACUAGAUCUCCUCAUGUCCGUCUCUGCUUAGCACUAAAAAGGUUUAAUUUCCUUGGCCUGUUACAGUAGAACAUGCCCUUUUGUCCUGGGAUGCACCUGGUUGCUGUCCACUCCACAACUCCUAGUACCACUAUGUCUUUUUAUAGCAUGGAAACCAAAACUGCACACGAUAAUAUAGAUGUGGUCUCACUAGUGCAAUAUACAUCUUCAGCAUAAUGUCCUUUAAAUUAUACUAAACACUUUUAACAAUAAAAUCUAAUAUUAUA